GAUUCUGCUUUUCACAGGACAGUUCUUCACCAGUUCACGGACUUUGGAUCUUGGAGAUUCAUUUUGUUUUGCUGAUCGCUGGAGCCUCUUUUUGUACUUUUCUUUAAGUUUCCUCUCCUUUGUGAGUGCAUGUUGGAAUUGUGCUAUCUCUUUGUGCAGUUUGUAUCUUGCUCUUCGGGAUUGUUUCUUUCCCUCCAAAUGUUGUCUGAAACAAUUUUUUGUAUUUAUUUAUUAUAAAUAAAUAAUAAAUAAAUAAGUAAUAAUAAUAAUUAUUAUUUUUAAAUUAUUAAAAUAAAUAAUUACCAAAACUGCAGACAACAUUUAAAAUCUCACAUGGACAAACCCCUAUAUACACUUACAGAUACAAUAUACAAUUACUCUCUCUAACAUAUACUAACUUACACUCAACUUCGUCUAACUAACUUACACUCAACAAUCUAAUCUAAAUUACAGUUUUUUCUGAAUGCUUAAGCGCUAAUCGUGAUUCUUGUAGCACAAUUUCUAAAACUAUUAAUACGUAUAGCAAAACCACUCACUGAGUUUGCAAAACUAAAAACACAAACACUGCUUUGCACUCAGUUUACAAUUUUGUAACACACACUUUGCAAAACUGUAGGCACAAUUCACUGCACAACACUCUUUUUGCAGAACUUUAAACACAACUCACUGCUUACACUCAAUUACCAAAUUUCCAACACACUCCUAGCAAAAUUAUACACAUUUAUGGCUAUCAUUAACACUAUUUUGCCAACUGUCUGGCACACUUUCACAUGUGAAAACUGUUUUAGAUAAUUAGUUCACUUUGCAAUCAGCCUAAGCACUAUAAAUAAGCCACAGGUAAGCUGUCUGUGUGGAGUAUGAUGGAAGGAGCAGUAAGAGUGAGAAUCAGAGGAGGCCGAGGGAGAGGAGGUGGAGGUGAAGAAAGAGGAGGAAGAGGACGUGGAGGUGAAGAAAGAGGAGGAAGAGGAGGAAGAGGACGCGGAGGUGAAGAGGUAGGAGGAAGAGGACAUGGAGUUGAAGAAGCGAGAUGGUUAGAGGAAGUUAGAGGAAGAGGACAAGGAGGAGCAAGAAGAGGACGAGGAGGGGAAAGAGGAAGGGUAAGAAGAGUAAGAAAUGGAAUAACUGAUGACAUCAGAGCUACAAUAGUGGACCAUGUCAUCAACCAUGGGAUGACCCGGAGGGAAGCUGGCCAACGGGUUCAGCCUAAUUUGAGCCGCUACACUGUGGCAAGCAUCAUUAGGACAUUUCGAAAUGAGAAUCGAAUAAGAAUGAAGCAAAUUUACAGAGUUCCUUUCGAGAGAAACACAGAACGUGUAAAGCAACUGCGAUAUGACUAUGUGCAGGUAAGCUAUAGUGUCAUUGGUUCUGAAUUUGGAAGUGCAUACUGUAGUGCUGUGCAUGGGCCUGAUGUGUUGCAUUUGUUUUGUCUUGUCCAGAGAGUGAUGGAACUAGAAGCAGAUGCCAUGGGACAUGAGCUACUUUUUGUAGAUGAGGCUGGUUUUAACCUCAGUAAAACCAGGAGACGUGGCAGGAACAUGAUUGGACACCGUGUCAUCAUCAAUGUCCCAGGACAACGUGGUGGUAACAUAACCAUGUGUGCAGCUAUAAGCCAAAAUGGUGUUGUUCACCAUCAUGCAACCAUAGGCCCAUACAACACUGCACACAUUAUUGCAUUCCUGGACACCUUACAUGACAUGCUCACUGUUCAAAGACCAGAGCAUACCCGAUAUGUCAUCAUAUGGGACAAUGUUAGUUUCCACAGGGCUGCUUUGGUCCGCAACUGGUUUACAGACCACCCAUUCUUCAUGGCAUUCAACCUCCCUCCAUACUCUCCAUUCUUAAAUCCCAUCGAUGAGUUCUUCUAUGCCUGGCACUGGAAAGUGUACGACCGUCAUCCUCAUCAUGUAGCCCUUUUACAGGCAAUGGAGGAGGCAUGUGGAGAUAUUGAUCAGGCAUCAUGUCAGGCCUGGAUACGGCAUUCAAGGAGAUAUUUUCCCCGGUGCCUUGGACUGGAGGAUAUCACAUGCGACGUGGACGAAAUUUUGUAGCCGGACCCAAAAAGACGACAUGAUGUAGGCUGAUUGUUGUUGUUUUUUGUUGAAAUUACUAUUUCGUGUUCUGACUUUGUCUUGGUUUUGAUGAGUGUGAAUAAACACCAAUACUUGAAGUUUGGAUCCUUGUAUGUUUACAUGACACUAGGACAAAAGUAUGACCUCAAAUUGACAUCUGUACAC